CAAACUUCGUCCCCCUGUCGUGCCAUGCGCAUUGACGCUUGUUGUUGUGGCGGUGGAACCGCUUGUUAUGGCUAGACGAGGCCUCGGACCCGACUGAGAGAGAAGCCCCUACCCACCCCUUACCCCGCCCUCCCUCCUCUCCCACCACCCCCAUGGAGGGCACGGACAUGGAUGUGGACGCGGAGCUCAUGCAGAAGUUCAGCUGCAUGGGCACCACGGACAAGGACGUCCUCAUCACGGAGUUCCAGAGACUCCUGGGCUUCCAGCUCAACCCCGCCGGCUGCGCCUUCUUCCUGGACAUGACUAACUGGAACCUCCAGGCUGCCAUCGGCGCUUAUUAUGACUUUGAGAGUCCCAGCAUCAACACGCCGUCCAUGUCGUUUGUGGAAGACGUGACUAUCGGAGAAGGCGAAUCGGUCCCGCCUGACACGCCCUUCACAAAAACCUGGAGGAUACAGAACUCAGGCGCUGAGUCAUGGCCGCCGGGCGUUUGCCUCAAGUACAUCGGUGGUGACCAGUUCGGUCACGUCAACACGGUAAUGGUGAAGUCUCUGGAGCCUCGGGAAGUGGCCGACGUCAGCGUACAGAUGAGGAGUCCCGUGUCGCCUGGCAUGUAUCAGGGCCAGUGGAGGAUGUGCACCGCCACCGGCUUGUUCUACGGCGACGUGAUCUGGGUGAUCCUGAGCGUGGAAGUUGGCGGUCUCCUGGGCGUCACGCAGCAGCUGUCGUCCUUCGAGACCGAAUUUAACACGCAGCCUCAGCGCGACGUACAAGACGACUUCAAUCCCUUUGCCUCGCCGCAGAAGAACAAGCGAGACAGCGACGGCAGCGAAUGCCCCGGGGGCGAGAACACGGCAGCUCAUAAUGCGGCCAACAGGACGUCCAAUGGCCUGCAGGCCAAUCUGACGCCGCUCACACGCGGACAGGGUGUUCAUGGACCAUAUCCGUUCGGACAGAGCUAGAGUGUCCCUCACCGCUGGAAGUCCUCAAAGGGGAGCGCGGAGGAACUGUUGUUUUCUAACGACUCUCCACAAAAGCUCUCUUCGCACGCAGACGGCGGCGGUGGCCGAAUGUCCCGCCCGCACCCGUCAGCGCUUCUUUCAGAUUGAAUUCUUUUUUCUUCCUCAAGCAUCUGCUCACCGCACACUCUGACCAUCGCUGGGACGUCUCGACAAGAUGUCGGCCUUAAAAAGUCCGCACGUUCACCUGGAUUGACCUCAUGCUCACGCAUCUGAUUACUUCAAGGCUUACCUUACUUUCCGGGCGUCAAUUGCAUCUUAAUUCCCUGUGAAGACCAACUCUCCCAAAGACAAAAGUGCAUCUGGCCACACGGGGAGGGGGGGGGGGCACGCUGUGACAUCGUGGGACAAUGUGUGUGUUUGUUUUUAGGGUGGGCUUUUGAAAGCGUGCAAAAGUCUUGAGAAAGGGUUUGAAAAAGCCAUGGGUGGCAAAAAGUCUAUUUUGCCUGGCUGUACUUUUCCACGUUUGUGUGUUUUUGCUCAUUGUGUGCGUGCAUGUGUGUGUGUUGCGUUCAAGUGAACUUGUGUAACAUUUGAAGAAUGCUCCAAACCUGCUCAUGAAUUAUCCAUGUUAUUUAUUUGUACUCUUGGUCAGCAGGUGGUGCUAAAAAUCAAAUCUCAAGUGUGUGUGCGUGCCUGUGCGUGUUCCAAUGAAUUCAAGGAGAAGGUGACGCUGAUUCCGCUUUGAGUGAAAUUCAGCACUGAUGAUAUGUUACUGCUGUUUGCACAAACAUUAUUUCCAACGGCUAAUGAUGAUUUUUUUCAAUUGUUAUUAUUUCGUGGCUUUUGGACGCAUCGUCACCAUCUUUUGUCGUCCCCCCCUUCCUACCCAGCUCCUCCAAAAGGUUUGUUUUCUUCAUGCUUUAAAGAGUUUAAACAUGCACCAAAUGAUCCUCAAGAAAGUGAUUUUUAUCAUUAUUCUGUCAGGCAGAGGCUUUGAAAGUGUAUUUUUGAAUGGAGAAUAAAAUGGGAAAAAUUGUCA